CCCAUGGUAUGCUGUAUUCUAAUCAGGCGCGAUCUAGAUCUGUCGUCAACAUGGUGCUUCUACACAGUAGGACUGUUUCGUCCCAUGUCUUACAAUAGGAGAUGCUAUGGGACCUCCUAUGCCCCUAUUGGGAAGGUAUCCAUACAAUUUCCAUACAUCUAGCAUGGGAAUACUACACCCCCAUACACCUCCAGCGCUUCUAGACGUUCUAGUACGCCAGAAAGUCAACCCUAGCCUCCACGGCUCCCUACGUGUAAGAUAUGACCCCUUAUUGGUCACGACCUGUCCAAUAUUGCUCCACACAUCGCCAGCAUCUACAGUAUCUGAAUCAACUCCGGUUCUAUUUGGCCCAGGCUAGCCCUAUGCAGUCAAUGAGGACAUUUGACUUGUCUAUAUUUGACAGUCCAUCUCCGCUGUUGCCGCUGCCAAUGCCCUGACGUUGUUAAGGAUCUGGGCGCCACUAACGCUGUAACCCAGCAGGUGCCACGAGGAGCCUGGGCCUCGGUGCAGGGUUUGCUAAAUUUGCAGGACUGUAUAUAAUAUCUUUUUGCUGCAGAUGGAAACUUAGUUGUUUGACAAGCAUACAGAUAUGGAGAUUGUCUGUUGGACGACUUCCGCUGGUUGGUAGACGCUUCUACACAAGUUGAUAAAAGGAGACAGCCCAUUACACGCGGCCGUCCAUUCUCUCCGGAAAGACGCUACGCUAAGGGGAUGACAAGGUCAUCUUCCAGCUAGCGUCAACACUAUUGGUUUGUUUUGCGUCUACUGCUCCAUGUAGGUGAGACAAUGACCUCCAUAAUGCCCAUAAUGGGACCGCUGCGGACAUGUAGUCGUAGUGUGACGCAAAGUAGCAGUAGGGGACGAACGGUAGUUGAGCAAGCUUUUUUCAUCGUUACAGUAAUCAUCUCCAGUGUUGAUACUGAUAUUGUAACCUUGUUCGUUACAAAAAAAGCGGCACCAAAGUAUGGCAUUUACAAAGAGAGCUGUUGACAGACGCCUAAGGCUGAUACGAAGAAAAAAAUAAAAUUGUGAAAAAGGAAGCCACAGCCUCAUUGCUGAUCACUACCAAACUAGGCCCACGUGGCCUCUGACAUCUGAACAGCUAUUCACUGCCCCUAGGCCAGGCUGUCAUGUUCAAUCCAAGAAAGAAUACACAAAAAAAGGCUUCAAAACAGAUGCUACUGUAAUCUGCAUCAACAGCCAAAUCAAUUCACAAUGGCGGAUACAAACGCUUCGGAAACAGCGCCCCUCUUGGGCAACCGCACCCAAACUUCACCCAUCGACGAGCAAGACGUGCAAACACCAAACAGCUAUGCGCGCCUGACGCGAUGGCUGCUCAUCCGAAUCAUCAUUUCCAGCACCGCAACCAUCUUUCUCCUCAUCGUAUCCGAGGUGGUCGGUAGCCACUUCGGCUUUGGCUACAAUGAAAGCAGGACAGUCGCUAUGAUCCCACCAUUUGUGGCGAUCAUCUUUGCCAUCUUGAAUCUCCCUCGCACCCUGCCUACUAUAGUCAACGCCUUCAUUGACUUUGGGCUGCUGUAUUUCAGCCCUUUUGUCUUGGACAAUCAAAGGGACUAUUUCAUGCCGCCGAGUUGGUGGUGCUCGUCUAGAGACCCAGACUGCGAGACCAGGUUGGUCAUUCUUCAGUGCAUUGUAACAGUCUGCCUCAUCUUCGGCGUAGUCACAUGGCUGGCACAGUUGACUGUAUGUUUGGUGCGACUUACAGCGUUGUUCAAGCCGUAUAUGCGCACCUCAAUGCCGACGGGAGAGUUCACGAUUUCCUUUAGCGUCAAGUUCCUCAAGCAGGCCGACGCAACUACCGCUCCGGUUGCGGAAAGAGAAGCGGUACAAAACGCAAAUGGUGAAGGCCAAACGCCUACAACAGCGGUGUGAUGACUUUGGCAGCAUUAGCAUAUGAUGGUAGACACAGAGCAGAAUGAAGGUCGUCAUGAUAUUAAAGCUGUAUUUCAUGCUAGCGAUACUAUAUAGAUGUUGUGUUUUUCAAAUUAUAAUUAAAAUGAAACCGUGAGGCAUUACCCAUUACUCCAUACUUUCUAUUACAUCGUUUCGUUUUUCCAUUGCAUUAUUUUAAUCGACAUACUUGGCCAGAGUGGCCAUGGCACCCUCGUUGUAGAAGCUCUCCAGGCAGGCGGUGAGUUCGUCAACGAGCUUCUUGUCGCCGCGAAGAUCGUCACCAAAGAGCGACUUGACGUCGAAGAGAGGGAAGGGGCUCUUGCCACCCUUGAGGGCACGAGCCUUGAGAUCGUCGGCCAUGGGGUCGUCAAUCUCGUAGGCCUUGCCGUGUUCGUCGGUGCCGUUGAGGUAGCGGAACCAACUGGCAACGCAGAACACAAGGCGGCGGAAGUUGUGUGUGCCAGCCAUGAUCUGCUCGGCGACCGAGGGCAUGAUGAACUGGGGAAGCUUGCCAGAGCCAUUGAGGGUCAGGCGGGUAAUCUGGUCCAUGAUGGUAGGGUUGGAGAAGCGCUCGAGAAGCUUGUCGCAGUACUUGUCAAUGUCGACGCCGGGGAUGGCAGGCAGCAGAGGCUUGACCUCGAGGUGCAUCAUGUUGUAGAUGUACUUGUGGAAGAGGGGGUUGGCAAAGACUUCGUGGACGUACUCGAAGCCGCCGAGGUAGGCAGCGUAGGAGACGGCGGUGUGACUGGCGUUGAGCAGACGCAGCUUGUGGCACUCAAACUUCUCGACUUCGUGGACGCUGCCGACAACCUGGACGCCGACCUUGUCAAAGUCGGGACGGCCGUUGGCAAAGACAUCCUCCACAACCCACUGCAUAAAGGGCUCAGUGACGACGGGCCAGGCAUCCUCGACGGCAAACUCGUCGGCGAGGCUGACCUUGUCGGCGUCGGUGGUUCGGGGGGUGAUUCUGUCCACCAUGGAGUUGGGGAAGGCGCCGUUCUUCUCGAUCCAGUCGGCCAUGUCGGCGUCACGGAGGCGGGCAAAGGAGAUGAGCAUGUUGCGGGUAAUGGUUCCGUUCUUCUGCAUGUUGUCGCAUGAAAGGACGGUGAAGGGCUUGAGACCGGCCUUGCGGCGUCUCUCAAGACCGGCGUAGAGGUAGCCGUAGGUGGUGCGGGGGGAGGACAGGUCGCUGGCGGCAACAUCGGCGGCAAUGUCGGGGUUGUGAGCCUCAAGCUGGUGGGUGUUUUCGUUGUAGUGGUAGCCGCUCUCGGUGAUGGUCAUGGAGACGAUGCGGGUGUCGGGGUUGGCCAGCUUGGCAAUGACGGCCUCGGGGCUGUCGGGAGCAAAGAGGAAGGAGUUGAUGCUGCCGACGACGCGGGCACUGCUGCCAGCUUCGGAGCGCUCAAUGACGGUGUAGAGGCAGUCCUGGGGGACGAGGGCAUCGCGCAUGGCGGCGUCAAAGGGCUGCAGACCGACACCGCAAAUGGCCCAGUCGCGGACAGCAUGCUUCUCCAUCAAGCUGUCAAUGUAGACGGCCAAGUGAGCUCUGUGGAAGCCACCGACACCAAUGUGCACGAUGCCCUCAGUAACGCCAUUGCGGUUGUAGGUGGGCGUCUGGACAGGCUUGGAGGAGGAGGAGCUCUGCUGGUUGGCGGGGGUGGCGAUGGAAGCCAAGUUGGCGUUGUUGAGCUUGGUAGGGACAGCCAUUGAUUGGGUGGGAUGAAAUGGAUGUGUGAAUGAGGAUGAGUGUGAUGCUGAAGAAGAUGAAGAAGAAGAAGAGGAAAGAAAAAGUGAGAGGGAGGAGGGGAGAGAGAGGGGGACAAGAAAAAGCUGACCUGACCUGACCUGACAAGCUGUGUCCUGUCCCGGCCGGUCCAGGCGAGGGGAAAUGUCCGCCACUAACUUUUUUUCUAGAAUUGGCACCUCUUUGUGUUGCACUAACAGAUGGCGUUGCUCCACUCUCCGAUCCCCGCCGGCUGCCUUAGCGCCUUUUUCACCGCCCGGUCCAGAUGAGGGGAGAAUAAGAGGGACAAUUACUCCAUUAGGAACAACUUCUCUUGGUUUUUGCGCAGAUAAGAGGACCGAGACCGCUGCAGACCUGCAAAAGCCCUCCCAUUUUUAUUUUUAUUUUAUUUUUCAUUCUUCGUAUUUUCUUAUUUUUUCGACGUUUCUUACUGGCCGGCACUGCCACCACCCGUCAAUCCCCCCCGUAAGCCCAAGGGGACCGCUUCUUGUUAUAUUGCUGCCUAAACCCGCCACCCACUCCGGGGAUCGGGGGAAGGAGGGGCAACAAAAAAAAUGAACAACCAAACAGCCGCCGCCCGCCGGAGACACCGCACCGCUGAUGAUUAUUACUGGUUUAGAACUGGACAGAAGUGAAUGAGCGUUGAACAAAUAAGCAUUUUGGCCGAGAAGCCCUACUACAGAAAUAUGUGGGGAAUAGCCCGUUUGUAACUACGCUUGAUUAUUCACCGUUUCAUUGUACACUGCUUCGUUGUGUAUACUUUCGUUUUAAUAUACUGGGUUCUUGU